AUUUCAGUUUCCGGCAGAGAGAGCCGGAAGAGGCGGGGCCUCAGUUUGCAACGCUUCCCCUGCGUCUUUCAUUCAACAUGGCAGCGGGACCAAUUUCAGAAAGAAACCAAGACGCCACGGUCUACGUUGGUGGUUUGGAUGAGAAAGUGUCAGAGCCGUUACUAUGGGAGCUUUUCCUGCAGGCGGGUCCUGUGGUCAACACACACAUGCCCAAAGACAGGGUCACUGGCCAACAUCAAGGUUAUGGCUUUGUGGAGUUCCUCAGCGAAGAGGAUGCCGACUACGCCAUCAAAAUCAUGAAUAUGAUAAAACUCUACGGCAAACCGAUUAGAGUUAAUAAGGCCUCAGCACAUAACAAAAACCUGGAUGUUGGUGCGAACAUCUUCAUUGGUAACCUGGACCCAGAGAUUGAUGAGAAGCUCCUAUAUGACACAUUUAGCGCCUUUGGUGUGAUCCUCCAGACGCCGAAGAUCAUGAGAGACCCAGACACCGGCAACUCCAAGGGUUACGCUUUCAUCAACUUCGCCAGCUUCGACGCGUCGGACGCCGCCAUCGAGGCCAUGAACGGCCAGUACCUCUGCAACAGGCCCAUCACGGUGUCGUACGCCUUCAAGAAGGAUUCAAAAGGAGAACGCCACGGCUCGGCCGCAGAGCGACUCCUGGCUGCACAAAACCCCCUCUCCCAGGCAGACAGGCCGCAUCAGCUGUUUGCAGAUGCUCCUCCACCACCCAGCGCUCCCACACCAGUCCUCACCACACUUGGAGCUGGAAUGGCCAUACCAGGCAUGCCCCCUCCUGGUGCUUUCCCCCCUGUUCCUCCUCCCGGGUCCAUGCCUCCAUCGAUGCCCCCUUCUAUGGGCAUGCCUCCAUCAGCAGGGACACCAGGCCAACAACCUGGUGGUGGACCUCCACCCGUGCCUCCUCCAUUCCCCCCUGGCAACAUGCAUCCAGGUAUGCCUCAGAUACCCAUGCCGCCUCCUGCUCCUCCUGGCAUGGUGCCUCCACCUCCUGCUCCACCAGGGUCGAGCCAACGUGCCCCACCGCCCCCCGGCAUGCCCCCGCCCCCACCUAUGGGCAUGCCUCCCAGAGCACCGUAUGGACCUCCCAUGGGUCACCCCGUUCCUCCGGGUAUGAGAGGGCCUCCUCCUCCCAUGCCUCCACCCGGCUACGGCGCCGGUCCUCCUCGUCCACCUCCCUUCGGCUUCCAGAGAGGACCCCCAAUGCCUCCAAGGCCCCCAGGUGCCCCUCCACGUGUUCCCAUGAGAGCGCCGAUGCCGCCGUAAUCCACGCCAGCCUGGAGAACCCAAGCGCUGAUUUUCUUUUUUUCUUUUUUUCCUUUUUUUUUUUUAAAAAAACCUCCUCAGAUACCCUCAUGUUUGUAAUCGUGAGAAUAAUUUAACCAUCUGUUUGUAUUGUUCUUUUUUUGUCACUGUACAGAUGAACCAAGUUUGACAAAUAAAAUUUUUAGUACAA